UCGAACAACUUCGCGACGGUCCACAGUGGCAGCCCGGAAGCGCGAGGUGGUGGAGUUGUAUUUUUUUCAUCGUUAGAUUUUGUCGUAUCAAUAUCGUGGAAAGUCGUGCAUCUAAAUGUAAACGCAAGAUACGUAAAACGCACUUGAGGGAUUCUCUCGCAGCGUCGUACUCUAGGACAAGAUGUCGACGUCAGCAAUAUACAUUUUGGACGUAAAGGGCAAGGUGUUGAUCUCGCGGAACUAUCGCGGCGACAUCGAGACCGGUGUCAUAGAAAAAUUCAUGCCACUAGUGAUGGAACGUGAAGAGGAGGGCAAUCUUACUCCUAUUAUUCAGACACCGGAAUGUACAUACGCUUAUAUAAAAUAUAACAAUUUGUAUAUCGUGUCUACUACUAAGAAAAAUGCGAACAUAUCCCUAGUAUUUGUAUUCCUGCACAAGGUAGUACAUGUCAUGCAAGAGUAUUUCAAAGAGUUGGAGGAGGAGAGUAUAAGAGACAACUUUGUUGUCAUUUAUGAGCUCCUUGAUGAGCUAUUGGACUUUGGCUAUCCUCAAACUACCGAUAGCAAGAUUCUGCAAGAAUAUAUAACUCAAGAGGGCCACAAAUUGGAGAUUCAACCUAGGAUUCCAAUGGCUGUGACCAAUGCUGUUUCGUGGCGAUCAGAGGGCAUUAAGUAUCGCAAGAAUGAAGUUUUUCUCGACGUAAUAGAAUCGGUAAAUCUACUUGCGAAUGCCAACGGGAAUGUCUUGAGUUCGGAGAUUGUAGGUGCAAUAAAGAUGAGAGUCUACUUAUCGGGAAUGCCAGAAUUGAGAUUAGGCUUGAACGAUAAGGUCUUGUUCGAGUCGACAGGUCGCGGCAAGUCCAAAUCUGUAGAACUGGAGGAUGUCAAGUUCCAUCAGUGCGUAAGACUUUCUCGUUUCGAGAACGAUCGCACCAUCUCGUUUAUUCCGCCGGACGGCGAGUUCGAGCUGAUGUCAUAUAGAUUAAAUACACAUGUGAAACCACUGAUUUGGAUCGAAUCCGUGAUCGAGCGGCACGCUCACAGCCGAGUGGAGUACAUGAUAAAAGCGAGGUCGCAGUUCAAGCGUCGUUCCACGGCGAACAACGUGGAAAUCGUGAUCCCGGUGCCGAACGACGCCGAUUCGCCCAAGUUCAAAACUACAAUUGGCAGCGUUAAGUAUUCGCCAGAACAGAGCGCCAUCACUUGGAUCAUCAAAUCCUUCCCUGGCGGCAAAGAAUAUCUAAUGAGAGCACAUUUCGGGUUGCCGUCGGUAGUCGGCGAAGACGUCGAAGGCAAACCGCCCAUACAAGUCAAGUUCGAGAUACCAUACUUCACUACGUCCGGCAUUCAGGUGCGAUAUUUGAAGAUCAUUGAGAAGAGCGGCUAUCAAGCCCUGCCAUGGGUGCGUUACAUCACGCAGAACGGGGAUUACCAGCUGCGGACGAAUUAACUACUCGACACCGGGGCCGAUGAAUAUCUCAGAAUCUCGGGCCUCUUUGUUAUGCCCGAAUACGACGACUAGAAGCGACUAGAGCGUCCGAGAGAAACCGGGAUUGGUAAUCGUUUAUCUUAUCACUUUUGAUUCGAAUACAAAGCAAUGGCCAGUGAGAAAACGCGCGGAACGCGACAUAGAAAACGAAUCGAAUUUUCGAAUAUCGAUUCCGGCUUUUUAGGAAGAUUUAUAUUAACAUUCCUCUGAACGGACUAACGUUUCGAAAGAUCCUUUAAAAAUAUUUUACAUUUGAAAUACAACCGUGUUUUAAAGAGUACUUAAUUCAAAUGAGAUUUUAUUCGACGUCGCGACUUUUAUAUAUAUAUAUGUCAAUUUAUUUUUUUUAAACAUGAUGAUAAUGGCACAUCUAAUAAAAUACAAUCUUGCAAUAAGAUCAUGUAAAUAAAUAAAUCGAUAAUUCAUUUUGUAAUAUUUUCCUUCGACAAGGCGAAUUCGUGAAAGUGCGGAGGCUCGAUAUUGAUUUAAACUAAAUAGUAUUAUACCAAUAAAAACUGUCAUGUUUAAUAAUUGUAAUAUUACCGAUAUAUGUCGUUACGACAUUAGUGUAAGAGAGAUAGCAUGAAAAAUGUAUUAAAUUUUUAAGAGAAAUGA